AAAAAUAUUCGGGCGUAGAUGCUUGGAAGUUUCUCGGUUUCGAGACAACAGUCGAACUGGACUCGAAUCUGGAUCACCUGGCUCAGCGUGCAUGAGAAAACUUUGCCAAAUAACUCAUCAGAAGAUCGUCCUCCACGGUUGCGGUCUAGUAUAUAAGGGCGACUCGGCGUAAGCGCAGGCUAUCGAAUUAUCCAUCAUGCCCCUUGCACCUGUGGAUAAUAAAGGCACCCAGCUCUACUAUGAAGAUACAGGUGCGGUGGAGGGUGUCUCGUAUACGACCCUCAUCAUAGUGCAUGGCACUGGCAUACACGGUGCUUUCUUUCGUCCCAUGCUUUCUUUCGCAGCGCAGAACAAUCUGCGAGUUGUUUUGGUGAACAGAAGAGACUAUCCUGGUUCGACACCUAUCUCCGACGAGGAACUGGCCACGAUCGGCAAAGGCUCCACACCUGAGGCGCAGUCCGCAUUUAUGACUUCUCGAGGCCUCGAGAUCGUAGAAUUUCUGGCCUGGUUUGUCAAAUCGCAGGACAUCCCGCCGAUCUCUCAUGGAGAUGGGAAAAUGGAAGGGGGCCUGGCCGUCGUGGCGUGGUCUUCGGCGAACGCAACAUUCCUAGCCCUAUUCUCUCACCUCGAUCAGGUAUCGUCUGAAAACAGGGAUUUGCUCGAGUCUUAUUUUAGGACUUAUGUAUUUUAUGACGGCCCACGUUGGGCCAUAGGCUAUCCCCACAUUGAGGGGUUUUCUCGACCUUUUUAUACCGUCACGACCGAACACGAGCGGUUUGAGGUUUUCAAGAGCUGGAUAUCUGCCUACUACCAGCAUCCAAAUAUAGAGGCCCGUUCGCUUGCGGGCCUUACUGAUAAAGCGCUUGUGAAGGAGAAGGUAGCCACAUUCAGCCGCAUGACGCCUGAAGAGAUCGACGCAGUGACGUCCCGGACGGCAUUGUUUCAUUCAGAACCUCUCGUACGCACGAUCGAUCCAGACGUGUUCGGAGCACACAUGCGGAAGGCACUGUUCGACAAGGAAAUGGCCAGGGUAUGGCCGGGAACGCAGGUCAAGUUGCUUCAGUGCAGCGAAAGCUUGUGGGAAACGCUGCAUGUAUUGUGGGAACUGGAAGCUCUGUACGAUGAGAACCGCGCCAAUGGUUCUUCCGGUAGGGCUAUGGAAUUCCACAUGAUGACGGAGGCUAAUCACUGCGCUCAGUGGGAUGAACCGGAACGGUUGACACGUCUUUUGGCAACGAUUGUAUAGGCAUUAGUAUCAGAUAAAAUGCCUAUUUGUCUUGAAUUCCUGCAGUAUGCUUUUCAGCUUGGGUCGGGAGUCAGUAAUGAAAGAAACGCUAGAGGUCACUGCCUCUGAUUCC